GUUUAGCAUAGCAUGGUCGUGUCAUAAUUCUCAGAAUUUUAAAAAGCUUAUAACUUGGGGCGGCCCAAUGUUAGAAAGUUUGUUGAGGGGCGAUGGGAUGGCGUGUCAUUUUCGUUCACCGACGGAUGGUAUGAUAUUGCUUCAUUGUUGGGCUUUGCUUUUGCUUUAGUAUUAAACUUGGAUCUUUCUCGCAAAACCAGUCACAGUCACUGUGUUUGUUGGGAGAGUCCAAGGCGUCUUCGUGACUUUGAGUGAACAUUGUCCACCGAACUGUGUUGGAGAAGAAGAAGAAAGAAGCGAAGGUGGUAAUGGAUAGAUCUGAUUCGUCCUCGGACGAAGAAGACGAUCGCCGAAACCUUAUCGAAGAGAAUGGCACCAAGCGCGUCCCUUCUCCUCGCAGUCGCUCCAUAGCCUUCCAAAUUGACGAUGAUCGGGAUGUUCGGCCUCCCAUUCAGAGAUUUCGUUUCUCUGUACCCAAAUUUGCAUUUGACAAGAGGUACUACUACCUUUUAGCGGCCGCCAUGCCUCUAUUCAUUCUUGUUGUAUUUUUCUCUGCCGACAUCCGAAGUCUCUUCUCUACUAACUUCUCUUCCAAACUAAAAAGUUCCGAUUCCCUCGGUGACCGAAUGAGGGAAUCAGAAUUGAGAGCCUUGUAUUUGUUGAGGCAGCAACAACUGGGUUUUUUCGAUCUUUGGAAUCAUUCCUUGCUUGUUCAAUCUAACUCGAGUUUCAACUCGACCCCUACUAAUAAUUUGGGUUCAAAUUCAGCCUCAGGAACCCCAUUUACAGAAGAUCUCAAGUCUGCUAUAUUGAAGCAGAUUUCUUUGAACAAAGAGAUCCAAAAAGUUCUUUUGUCCCCCCAUCGGUCUGGGAACUUAUCAAUGGAAGUUGGUGAUGCUCAUACCAUGGGGAGCUUCGCCCUCGAUAGAUGUAGAAAGAUGGACCAGAAAUUUUCAGAUAGGCGAACAAUCGACUGGAAGCCUAAAUCGAACAAGUUUUUGUUCGCUAUAUGCACCUCGGGGCAAAUGUCGAACCAUUUGAUCUGCUUGGAGAAGCAUAUGUUCUUUGCUGCUAUUCUCAACAGGAUUCUAGUUAUUCCUAGUCACAAAGUUGAUUAUCAGUUCAGUAGGGUAAUUGACAUUGAUCAUAUUAAUGCAUGUUUGGGAAGAAAGGUCGUCGUAUCUUUUGAAGAGUUUUCUGAGAUUAAGAAGCACCACUUGCACAUAGAUCGGUUUAUCUGUUAUUUUUCAAAACCAGAUCCUUGUUUUAUGGACGAAGAACAUAUUAAAAAGUUGAAGAACUUGGGGGUCUCGAUGGGCAAACUUGAAUCUGCUUGGAAUGAAGAUACUAAGAAGCCCAGUAGAAGGACAGUUUCAGACAUCGAAUCCAAGUUCUCUUCCAAUGACGAUGUUGUAGCAGUAGGAGACAUUUUUUUUGCUAGCGUGGAGCAAGAGUGGGUGAAUCAACCUGGCGGCCCCAUCGCUCAUCAAUGCCAGACUUUGAUAGAACCAAGUCGUCUCAUUAAGCUGACUGCCCAGCGGUUUAUUCAAACGUUCUUGGGAAAGAAUUAUAUCGCACUCCAUUUCCGGCGAUAUGGUUUUUUAAAGUUCUGUAAUGCGAAGCUGCCAAGUUGCUUUUACCCCAUUCCUCAAGCAGCAGAGUGCAUAAUUCGAGUGGUUGAAAGGGUGAAUGUGCCAGUCAUUUAUCUUUCCACAGAUGCAGCAGAGAGUGAAUAUGGGUUGCUGCAGUCACUUCUUAUGUUGAAUGGGAAGAAUGUACCACUUGUUAGAAGGCCUCAUCGUAAUUCAGCUGAAAAAUGGGAUGCCUUGUUAUACAGGCAUGGAAUCGAGGGAGAUCCGCAGGUUGAAGCAAUGCUGGACAAGACAAUCUGUGCCAUGUCUAGCACGUUUAUUGGUGCAUCUGGGUCUACAUUCACAGAGGACAUUUUGCGGCUACGAAAGGACUGGGGCUCUGCAUCUCUGUGCGAUGAGUACCUUUGCCAGGGUGAGGAACCAAAUUUUAUUGCAGAAAAGGAAUGAUAUGUAGAGAUUCCAUGAGGUAUAUAAACUGCCACUCUGAUCCAUUUUGAGGCUUGAUCUGGAAUUUAGUUUACUGUAUGAUAUGGCACUUGAUGAAGUUUUCAUGAAUUCUUUUCCAUGUAUCAAGCCCUGAUUUUAAUAAUAUACUCACGGCUGUAAUUAGUGUAUAUAGAGGAACACUUUCUUUUGCA